AUGGUAGAAGCAUUUUUCGGUUGUGACUGCACACCGGUGGCACCACAAAAUCCUUCCCCGAGUGCAUUACCGCCUUCACCUCCACCAGCGCCUCCACAAUGUCCACCAGCGCCACCUCCACCGCCAUGCCAACCAGCGCCUCCACAAUGUCCACCACCUAAUCCACCUCCUCCGCCUCCACCACCUCCAGCAUGUCAAGUACCACCACCACCACCACCAUCACAUUUCCGACCACUGAGACCUCUUUUACCUCCACUACCACCACCACGACCACCACUACUACCACCGCUGCCAGAGAAUGACUGUUGUUGUGAAUGCCAUAAUCCAUGCGAAUACAAAGUUCAGAGACGUCUGCAUGGGGCAAAGAUAUUCUCAAAUGACUCAGGCGAAGUUCAGGAAGAUCCAAAAUGCAAUAAUCUGGAGUUGAAAAAAAUUAUGACAGAGAGUGCUACCGAAGAUCCAACAUCAGCAAAACGAGCCAUACAGUCAGCAGCUGAGGAAAAGCUUAAGGAACGUUACAAUGUUAUAUGCGCUAAAGGCGAUUUCUCCUAUGUUGCCUAUACAGAUAGCUAUUGUCAAGCGGUUACCGAUCAUGUUACCUGUUAUGCGUUUAAAGUAAUGAUGGUAUAA